GCCCCGCAGCGACACGUCCUUAUCUCGGUACCGGACAGGUGAACCCGGCCGCCCCGUAUUCAUCAUUCAUAGGUCGUAACCGCAUUUCUGAUGAAUCACUGCUACAUAAGUACCUUUGUGGUGCAAUCAUUUGAUUUGAUCUUAGUUCAUUUUUUCCGAAAUAGUAUUGUCUAAUAUAUAUUGUUUCAAAUGGUUAUUGAAGAUGAUCCAGAUGUUAAUCAAAGAAAAAACGCGAAUUCCGGGAGCCUCAGGACCCUUGGUCUUACAGUGUGUUCCGCUGCUAUCGGUGGCACCUUCCAGUAUGGCUACAACAUCUCCGUCAUCAACUCUCCCACUAACUACAUCCAGCGCUUCAUCAACGACACCUACUGGGAGCGCUGGGGCACGGGGCUGGACGCCCCGAAGAUCACGCUGGUAUGGACCUUUAUCGUUUCGGCUUUCUCAUUGGGCGGUUUGGUCGGCGCCAUCCUGGCCGGGCCAAUGGCGUCGCGCUUCGGGAGGAAGCACACACUACUCCUAAACAACAGCUUCCUGUUUGCCAGCGCCGCGCUUGUUCUGGCGAGCAGGUGGGCCAGAUCCUUCGAGAUGAUCGUCGCCGGUCGCCUGCUGGUCGGUGUCAACGCCGGGGUCAGCAUGAACGUCCAGCCCAUGUACUUCGGCGAGAGCGCGCCCAAACACCUCCGGGGCGCGGUGGCCUUCUCCUCGGCGGUCUUCACGGCCUUCGGGAUCUUCCUGGGUCAGGUGGUGGGGCUCACAGAGCUCCUGGGCGCGGAGGUUCUCUGGCCCUACCUGCUGGCCAGCAACGCUCUCCCGGGGCUGCUGCAGCUACUCACCCUGCCCUGGUUCCCCGAGAGCCCCCGCUACCUGCUCAUGGACCGCGGGGACCGGGAGGCGUGCGUCCGGGCGCUGGCCCGCCUCCGGGGGGGAGUGGCUCCGCCGGAGGAGCUGGAGGAGAUGCAGCAGGAGAUGCAGGAGAUGCAGAAGCAGCGACAGCAGCACGGGGACUCAGGCUCCGUGUCCCCCUGGGCCCUCCUGAGGGACCGCGCUCUGCGGCCCCAGCUCCGCACCGUCAUGGCCGCCAGCAGCGCCAUGAUGCUGUGCGGCAACGACUCCAUCUACUUCUACGCCUCGUACAUCUUCCGGGAGGCGGGCAUCCCGGCGGCCAAGGUGCAGUACGCCUGCGUGGGCACGGGGCUCUCGGAGUUCACGGCGGCGGUGGCGUCCAACCUGCUGAUCGAGCGGGUGGGCCGGCGCCGGCUGCUGCUGGGCGGCUACGGCAUGAUGGCGUGCUUCGCGGCGGUCUUCACCCUGGCCCUGGUGCUGCAGAGCCAGGGCGUGGCGGGGAUGCCCUACCUGAGCAUGGCCUGCGUCUUCACCUACAUCCUGAGCUUCGGCAUCGGGCCGGCCGGCGUCACGGGCAUCCUGCCGGCGGAGAUCUUCGACCAGGCGUCACGGCCAACGGCCUACAUGAUCGCCGGCUCCCUGAUGUGGAUCAACCUGCUGCUGGUGGGCAUGAUGUUCCCCUUCAUCAUCGCCGGCCUGGGGCCCUUCUGCUUCCUGCCCUUCGGGGGCGUGUGCGUGGCGGCCGCGCUUUACCUGGGGCGGGUCUUACCGGAGACCAAGGGCCGGACCCUGGCCGAGAUCACCGCCGAGUUUGAUAAGCAGGGGCCCAAGGCCGGGAAGGGGAACAUGGAGCCGGGGCCCCUGGAGUUGGGGGUGGAUUGCCCCCUCACCCCCCUGAAGGCCCUGGGCCGCCUCUCCCCCCUGAAGCCCCUCACCCCCCCAGAGCACGUCUCUAGCCUGGAGCCCCUCUCCCCACUGGACCCCCCCACCCCUCUGGAUGUCAAGCCAGAGGUCUUCCCUGGAAUCAAGGAAGACCUUCUGUCCAACAACCAGCGGGGAUGAAGCAGGACGUUCUGAUUGUUAUUUGGUGCCUCUGCGUUGUCUUUCAAUCACAGAUUCCUCUUGUAAUCUCUAUCUCUAAACGCUGGAAAUAACGUCUAAUUUCUGUCUAACCUUUCUGGUAAACGUCUAAUUUCAAUCUUCUUUUAUGUCAUCACACAUUUCAUCUGACUCUAAAGUGACCUUAUAACCGAAGUUGACCGUGUAAAUGUGCACUGCAUGUUUAUGAUAAUGAAGUGCAGCUCAUCAGUAAUGUAUUGAUUAGGUUCAGGAUGCAGUCAGCGGCAUGUGGCUCAGGAGGCAGAGGCGGCUGCUUUGUUGUAACCCUGAGGUUGCUAGUUCUCUAGGUGUCAAGGUGUCCCUGAGCGAGACACCUCACCAUGACCGCGUCUGACGAGCUUGCUGUAGCCUUGCGUGGUUGGAGUGCGUGAAUAAACCGCUGUAAGUCGCUUUUGAUAAAAGCGUCUACUCAAUGCCUUGAAUGUAAAUAUAGAUGUAAAUAUGAAGGUCAUACCAUUCUCAACACCCCUCCCUCACCAAUCAUAAGUGUUGUGGUGUUGUUGUUAUUGGUAUUGGCUCUGUGGAAAUCAAAGGGAUGUUCUGCCACAUUGAGCGAUGCACUCCGGUCUUUCAAGGGAUAUUCUGAAGGUGAUGCUGUUGUAAUGUAAAUGCUUUAUAUUUAUAUUUGUUCGAGAAGUCCUGCCUCAAGAGCCAUUGUAAUUUUUGCCAUUGUGUCAUCUCAACUUACGCACUGAAGAGUGAGCUGCUUUGUCAUCUCACUCUACGCACUGAAUAGUGAGUUUCAACAGACCUUGCACUUUCAAAUCAUCGCAUUGUGUUUUUUUGUUCGAUUAUCGCAAUGUUCUUAUGAUCAUUUUUAUGAUGUUCUAUACCAAAGUACCUGCUGUAUCCACCCUUCACUCCACACAGUAUGCGUUAGUCAUGUGACAUGGUCGGGACCCUUAUGUGUUGUAUGUAGCAAAACCUGGAUAGUAGCUAACAUGAUGGAGAACCCGUCUCCAUGGCUUAAUGCGCACUGCAAACCAAAACUAUCACUGCUCGGUUGAAAUGAGUUGCACUACAAAAUAAUGUAUUUACGCAUACCUCGGAUAUAUAUGCAUGAAAUAUUUUAUAAUUAGAAUGUUUAUUUUAGCAUAUACUAUAUUGAUCUAAAUGUAAUAAUACCCCACCCUGUUCCGGGGUAACCAAAUGCUACUUAUAAUGGAGACUUCUAUAACUGUACAGUAGAUGUCACUGUUGACCUCCUUUUGGUUUAUUUUGGAGGAAGGGAAUGGGGGGGGCAGGGGAAACGCCAGCUUUGUGAAACUUAAUGAGAAAUAGAGGCUAAGCUAAGCUUUCCAUUUUAUUCAAACGCCGGUUUAUUUGGUUCUUGUCUGUUGUGAUAAAAAUUCACACCUAUUUAUUUUACGAUAAUUUAUUGUACACGUAUUUAUUGAAUUUAAUUUAAUUUAAUUUAAUUUAUUAUUUAUUAUUCUUUUUUUUUUUUUUACAAUCAGUGAUGAUUGAGUGAUUGUCACAUAGACCAGUCUAUCAAAAUUAAGGUUAUGAGUCAUUAUGUCAUGCAUAUAUUCUAAGGUUUUUUCCUUACAGCUAUUUUUGCCGUGGACGUUUCAUUCAUGCUGGUUAAAUGUACUCAAAUCAAAGUAUCUCUACAUCAAAUGUUAAUGAAAGUCAAAUGCUAUACUUUGAUCAUGUACUGUAAAAGUCAAAUGGCCGCCAUGCCGCACUAAGUAAAGGAAAACAACAAAGUAAUCCUCUCUUUGUUGGUAACAAUGAAGGCCCUGCCUCCUCCAAUGCACCGUGGGUAGCAUCGUUUUUCUAAAUGCAUCUCAUCUUAUUGGCUCCUUUACCCUAAAGGCCCUGAAGACCCGCCCACUCUGAUAAAUCCGCUAUUUCCCGCGGUGGGAGAUACGUAAAGGAAAACGUAGCUGAGGCUAGCGUGACAUGUUGGCGUGUGUCGCAGGCAGCCCAUCAUUAAAGAGUUUAACACCGGGACAACUCCGCCUCAGCGGCCCUCCAAUAACAGACGUCCGCGAGGAGGUGCGAGUGGCAGGCUAAUUAUCACAACACUGCGAAGGAGACGGAGGUGAACGCGCCUUCGGGUGAGUGGGAGGGAGAUAGUGUAACGGAGAACCCAUGUGCAGCACAAGGGCUGUAGGAAGGGAAAUAAUUGCUGACCCAAGCAUUCGUGCAUUGGUGACGAAUUUGUACGUUAAAAGGGGAUCCUAACGUAUAACGUUUUUCCUUCUUUGAGCGUCUUCUUCAAACAUCCUCAGAUCAAUGACACUGGAACACAUAGUGGAACCGUGUCGGGAAUCGAUCAUGUUGAUUUCCAGCCGUGAACUCAUCCUGUCCUUACAAACAGGUGGUUUACAGUCUGUGUUACCUCCCAAAUCUCUCUGUGUUGAUUGGUCCGUCAGAAGACUAAAGAGAUUUCUGCAUUCUUUAUUUUUUGGGCGCUUCAAAGCAGGGCAUGCUUUCAAUUCUGCCUCGUCCCCAACCCGCUGGAAUCUGGUAUUCUUGGCUGAGGAGAACCAUUAGCGACUGCACUCCUCGCUCAAUUCAAAUCAAAAACAUUUUCUGCGACAGGUUUUCCAUUUCAUGUUCCCACUGUCGCCAUA